AGACUGGAGCUUCUACAGCCAUGCUCUCCUUCAGACUCUGCACCACACUGCUGCUUGCAACAGCUUGUUUGCUCACAUCAUCAGUUGUUUCCACGGAGACAGCAGUGACCUGUGAUGAUGGAAUCAAUGUCCAGCACUUAAGCUGUGAUAAUGGAGUGAUCAGAGUGCAGGCAGCACUGUACGGACGUAAAGACCGUGAGACCUGCAGUGAGGGCAGGCCUCCGAAUCAGCUUGACAAUACACACUGCUCUCAAAGCGGCACCGUGGAUAUCCUUAAGACAAGGUGUGAUGGCAGGAAGGUGUGCGAGAUAAACACAAAUGUCGUUCGUACCUCGGAUCCCUGCUUCGGCAUCUUCAAAUACCUGGAGACCAACUACACCUGCUUCCCAGCAAUUCAAACUGUGACCUGUGAGGGUUCUUUGGCACAUUUGUACUGUGAUGUUGGGCAGGUAAUAUUUGUCUACGGAGCUUACUACGGACGUCUUGACAAGACCACCUGCUCUUACAGGCGGCCUGACUCUCAGAUUCAAAAUGUGUACUGCUCAAACCCCACUCCCAAAGUCGCUGAGAGGUGUAACGGGAAAAACAGCUGUACUAUCAGCGCCAGCAACUCAGUGUUUGGAGACCCCUGCGGUGGCACGUACAAGUACCUGGAGGUGUCUUACGUUUGUGAUUAUCCUAUCACCGUCACUCCAUAAACGCCUCUGAUAUUAGUUUCAUGU